UGCACGAAGAUUCCUUAUCUUUCCAUCAAAUACGCCUGUUAUUCUGAACUUCAGAGGUUAAAGUCCUCAAACAAACCUGGCCAUUUCCAGACAUACAGAAGUGAGAAUGCACAGAUAUCUAGGUUCUUCUCUAGGCUGCUUCUGUUUGAAACAAAGCAAAAAACGUCGGACUCAUCCACUCUUAUAGACCAGGAAGAUAGAUCUAGCAUGAUGCACGUACUGCCUAAGCUUAGGUCUUCUGGUUGGGUAUAUCCCACUGCAAUCCUCUGUUUCUACGGAUUCUUUGCAAACUGCAGAGUUGCCGAGCCUUUUCUCACCCCAUACCUCAUUGGUCCUUACAAAAACAUUUCUUCAGAAGUGGUGACCAACUACCUGUUCCCCAUCUGGACGUACUCCUACUUGGCCAUCCUGUUCCCAGUCUUCCUGCUGACCGACCUGCUGCGGUACAAGCCCAUUAUCAUCGUCCAGGGGCUCUUCCUGGUCACCAAUUAUGUGCUGCUCUGCUUCGCCCCCGGCCUGCCUGCCAUGGCGUUCCUCCAGGUGAAUUAUGCUGUGGUGACCUCCACAGAGGUGGCCUACUUCUCCUACAUCUACAGCAUGAUACCUCCUGAAAAGUACCAAAGAGCUACGGGCUACCUUCGUGGUGCAAUGCUGACCGGAUACACUUUUGGAGCCAGCCUUGGCCAGCUUCUCAUCUCCGUAGCAGGGGUGGACUACUUCUACAUCAACGCCAUCACUCUGGGGAUCGUCAGCGUGGCCUUUCUGGUGUCCUUCUGGCUGCCCAUGCCCCAGCGGGGGGUGUUCUUCAAAGGGAACAGGGCAGUCACCGGCCACUCCCAGCCACAGCGGGCAGAGGGGACGGGGAUGAAGGGGGCUGGAGACCAGGCUGUGGUCGUGACACCGCAUGGAGAGAAGGACCGGAGCGGGGGAUUGUGCGCCAGGGAUGACAUCAUUCACACUGGCAGACAGCUCUGGAGAAGCUUCCGAGAGUCCUACUCAUCCAGACAGGUGAUCUGCUGGUCCUUGUGGUGGGCCCUGGCCACGGCUGGCUACAACAUGGUCUUUAACUACGUUCAGCUGAUGUGGGACCACAUUGAGCCGUCCUCAACCUCGUCCGUCUACAACGGGGCCGUAGAGGCUGUCUGCACCCUCGUGGGGGCUGCCGCAGCGUUCUCGGCGGGCCACGUCAAGGUGACCUGGACCGUGUGGGGUGAGUUGGCCCUGGGGAUGUUCUCGUCUGUGGGCGCGGGGGCAGUGUUCCUCAUGGGACUCACCACCAGCAUCUGGGCGUGCUACGCUGGCUACGUGAUAUUCAAAGCCUCCUAUAUGCUGCUGAUCACCAUCACCACGUUUCAGAUCGCAUCGAAUCUCUCCAUGGAAUGUUACGCGCUGACGUUUGGAAUCAACACGUUUGUAGCCCUUUGCCUGCAGACCAUUCUGACCGCCAUCGUAGUGGAUGAAAAAGUGCUUGGGCUGGAUAUCGUGACGCAGUUCAUCGUCUAUGGUAGCUACUAUGGUGCCAUUUCAGUGGUCUUCCUGACCAGAGGGAUAUACACAGCAAGCGCACAUGCUCGUUGCCCUGGACAAACCGAUACUAAGGAACCAAAACCAGAGCCCAGUGUGGACAUUCUCAAUGCUGAUGAACGCUUUUGAUAUGAGCCGAGGGUCUCAUAAGCCACUGCCAAAACACUGGAAAACAAGAGCGGCUACCUUGCUAGAUACCUUUUUAAUGUGGAAUAUUUAACUGGGUCCUAUAUGUUCU